AUGGCCUCUAAAACUUCUCAACAAGAACUGAGGCGCCCUUCUUUUGCAAAGGUGGCGGCAAUGCGCCCUCCACCAACACAGCAAAACUACACUACGCAGAUUGAAACUGCCACCGACAGCCCAAUUCCGACUCAUGAAGCCUCAAAUGAUUCAAAAAGCGAUCGUCGUGAACUGCCCCAGGAGCUAAACCAGAAAGCGCACGAUGAUGUAGAGAGUUUAGACAAGUCGGUGCAGAAUUUCCACAUAAAUUCGCAGGAGGACCAUGGCGCCAAUUCGGAAUCCGGAGACGGCCAUGAUGAUGGCGCGGCUAAGCCCGAGCUGGCCUUUGAAGACGACCAAACGCAUCUUUCAAAUUCUUCAACCAAACCAACGAGCUUUGAUUCUAAGAGCAUGGCUUCUGUGACGACUUUUGCUAUGGAUGAAAAAGAAUCAUUGCGCCCAGAUGAUAGCGCUAGCGUCCAAGCAGCGGAAGAGGAUGACUCUUUCUCGGGACCGGCUUCUGGUGCACCAAAUUCCCAAGUCGGUUCAGAGGCGGGUGGACGCUUGUAUCGCAUAACCGACCAGGGCACUUUGUCUGACCGCAUUCCUAACAGAACACGACUUAAUAACACAGGUGUCCCGGGAAUCAUCUCCUCGAACGGCCCAAGUGAACCAAGUCUCCAUAGUUUCCCCAAUGAACCGGAUGAGAAGUUGCUUGAUGCGAUGAAUUCGCCAAAAGAUCGGUUAUUGAUUCUUCAAUUGGAGGAGAAGAUAAUUGCAUUCAUUAAAGAUUCCGAUGAACAGUCUUUGGAAUUGCCUCCGUGCAACGCAUUUGGACGUCUUCUUGCGCAUAAACUCGGUGAUUAUUACCAUCUAACUCAUUUUGUUGAUAAUAAUGUGACAUCCGUUCGACUUCAUAGAACCCCUUGGUGCAGACUGCCCACUCCUUUAAAUAUGCUCCAACCACCCAAUGCAAACAAAACCCCUCCUCCAAAUGUACCGGCGAUGAAAAUCAUGCGUCGCUCCGGACAACCGGGGGAAAGAGUGUCGGGUGCAGGAAGCACGGCACCUAGUUCAGCAGCUCCUUCAAAAGCUACAUCAGAAGCCGGCGGUACUAAUGAGGAAGGGUUUGGAUCAUCUGCUGGAGCCACUCCAGCGAAAGACCGCGCGACCCUGAGUCGAGAGGAGCGUGAAGCAAAAUAUCAGGAAGCUCGAGAGCGGAUAUUUAGAGAUUUCCCAGAAUCUAAGGUCUCCGACCAUUCAAACAGCGGAGAUCAGAGUGCAAAUGUAUCGCGGUCCAACUCCGGGAAUGGCAAACGAAAGGGACAUAAACAGAGAACGCCAAAUGAUGACAGUUUCGAGGCACGGUCCCAAUUCAAUGCGUACUAUCCGGGAGCUCCAUACUCUAGUGCACCACUUCCAUUUAAUGGUAUGAUGACUGAAGGGUCGUUUGGUGCCCGGGCGCAUUUUUAUGUAUCGACUUCUUCUCCGUCACUUUCAAAUUUCCCUCCUGGCAACAAUGUAAACGCGGUAUAUCAAACUCAGGGGAACUUGACAUCUGCCCCAACACAAUAUAAUGUUGCCGUCCCGCCUCACAUGAGUCAAACUAAUUGGCAGCCUGGGCAUAUACAGCAAUCUCCCCCGUACUCAGGGUUUUCUCCAGUCAACCAAAUACCGCCAAUUGUUCCUCAGCAGCCUUCAACAAGAUCCUCUCCUGGAAUAAGUUCAUAUUCCCCACAUCCAAACACUCUCUCGUUCCAGCAACAGAGCACUUCAACCUGGAGCCAGCCACAGUACCAAACCGUGUAUCCUCCAUCAACUGCUCAACGCAAUCCGUCUAAUAAUGCACAGUGGCCAAAUUAUUCACAACACUCUAUGAAUGCGAGCCAGGUGGCUUACCCCUAUGGUCAGAUUCCAAACCAGUCGUUCACACCAGGUCAUCAGAACAACCCAGGACAGCAUUCUCUUCCUGGAAGUUUUCCCCGUCCGCCUUUUAAUCCCCAAACAAGAUCUUUCGUUCCUGGAAGCAACACUCAAUCUCUAUAUGCUGGGAACCUGCCACAACAGCCGAGUAUAAACCCAGCUUAUUUACACCCCUCUCAAUAUCCCGCUCCGACAUCAUGGACGGGAGUCAACUACGAUCCCUCGAGCCGCAACCCUUCAAACCAGCCUAAUUGCCAGACGAAUGCGAAAACGCAUGCUCCCACAUCUUCCAUGAUUCAUUCGGCACCCAAUCACCAUGGCCAUUCUUCAAUGUUGACCCGGGACUCAAUAGCUAAAUGGGGCACACCAGCUCAUCUCCCACCGAAACCGCCCCCAUCCAAAGUCGCGUAUGAUUUCGAUCUCAAAAACAAGACCUCCUCAGCCAUACCACCUCCCCCUCAAUCAUUUCCGAGUACACCACCCGCACCUCUCCCUAAACAAAAUGGUCCUCUUGUUGUAUCAGGCGGAAUGGGACAUCAAAGACCACGGGGAAAUGUUGCCACUGGGUUGUAA